AUACUAGAUAAUAGAUACUAGGUUUGCAACCGUAAUAAAGUUCAUAAAUUAUACAAUAGGUAAUAUAUUAUUAAUUAAUAUAUAAUAUUUACCUUUAUAUGAGACAUGAAUAUUUUAAGGAACACUUCAGUCCGUUUUAUUGUUUUGUUAAUUUGUUUUAAUUUAUCAGUAUUUUUUAAUAGUACGUAGGUAUUAGGCAAUAAGCAUAUCCUUAAGUAUACUUGGUUAUCAUUAUUUAUGAUGGGAACAAAGUUUAAGGCUGUAAUCAAAUAUAGUAUUUUGGAAGUAAUGUAAUUCAAAUUUGUCUGGUUCGAAUCCUACAUACUACAACAAUGAUGAAAUUAGUUAAUGAUCCUUGUGGCAUUUUUUGCAUAUUGUUCACAUAUACUUCAAUCAUAUACGCUGACUACGUAGUGAUUCAAUGGGUUGUUUUGCACACUAUGCAAGACAGCUUAUGGGCUCCAUUUCACAUAGUGCUUUUCAAUACAUUUCUUUUGCUAUUGACAGUAUCACAUUUACGGGCAAUGUUUUCUGAUCCUGGCACUGUACCUCUAUCACAUACUAAUGUUUCUCUAUCAGACUUACGGCAAGUUAAUGAACCUUUAGUGAAAAGAGAAGAUUGGACCAUGUGUACAAGGUGUGAAGCAUACCGACCACCCCGGGCUCAUCAUUGUCGAAUUUGUAAGCGCUGCAUUAGACGAAUGGAUCAUCAUUGUCCAUGGAUUAAUAAUUGUGUUGGAGAAAAAAAUCAAAAGUAUUUUGUCCAAUUUCUUUUUUUUGUUUGUAUUAUUUCUGCAUACACUAUCAUGUUAGUUAUCAUGUCAUGGGUGCGCGAGUGUCGGCAGUGUAAAAUGUACGACAUGGAUACGAGACAAACACAAGUCUUACAUUCAGUAAUUUUAAUAAUGGAAAGCGCUCUCUUUGGUAUGUUUGUUAUUGCAAUUUUGUAUGAUCAAAUGGAUGCUAUUUAUAAUGAUCAGACAACAAUUGAACAAACGGUCUACAAACGUCCAAAUCCAUUGCAUAGAUAUUUAUUUUCAGUUAUUUGUAGAUGGCCAAAAAUAUCUAGAUCUACAUCCAAACUUAAUAUUCGAUCUGUAUAAUUUGUUUAUUGUUACUUUGUAUGAUUAAUGUAGAGACUUGUUAAAUUAUUAAAUAUUUAAAUUUGUAUUAGGAAAUAGGCAUAUUACGUUAUACGUAUGGUUCAUCAUGCGAAACAAUUUAAAAAUAUUAUUAAAAUCGAUAAAGAACACAAAAUCAUAAAAUAUUUUAAUCCGAAAAAAGCAAAGCAAAGAUUGUGUUUGAUUUUACAAUUUUGUGUUUUUUUUUCUACUUGUGUUUAUUAGGGUACAAAUUACAAUCAUAUUUUGUCAAUUUCAGUGCAUACUAUAUAUACCAUAUACACACACUUUGUUAUAUUAUAAUUUCUUAUCAGCUAUUUACCUUUCACUAUUAAACUAUUUUCUAUUAAUUUCCUACUAUCUCAAAAAUCAAUCACUGACCUUGUCAUAACCCCUAGCUUCUCAAUUUUAAUUUAAAAUUUCUAUUGUAAAAAUUCUUCCCUAAUUUUACUUAUGUACAUUUUCCAUGUACAAAUAACUGUUGAACAAAUUUGAUUCAUAGUACAUCAAUAACUUAAUUAAAGUUUCCAAUUUAUAAAAAAAAACAUAAUACAGUCAACUUUUUAAUUAUAAAUUACUAUCCUAUUCUUAUAUGGCAAGUAAAUCGAUACUAGUGUCGAACAUCCAGUCCCUGUAUUAUAUGAUUUUUUUAUUUGAUUUUUUAUUUGUAUAGCAUGAAAUUGAAAUGAUUUUUAUUUUUAUAAAUUAAUUUUUAAGAAUUAUAUUUAUUAACAUGAUAUGUUUAAAUUUAAUAUUUGCAUAUAACUUAAAUUGUUUGUAUACUUAAUAUUUUAUUAUUUAUAUUAAGAUAUUGAAUAAAACGGUGCCAGAUCAUUAGCAUAAAAUCUAAAUAUUAUGUAUUAAAUAUUAAAUAUAUUAAGCCAUCCUUAAAGUUUUAACAGAA